AUGGUGGAGGCAAGCACAGGUAAAAAGACUACAGUAAAGCUCUUAGAAACUAAAAAAACAGAAACAAAGCCAACAAUAGACGAUUUAAACACUCUUAUUAUGGAGAAACUCAACCAAUUAGAAUCUUCACACAAGCCCUCACCAAGCGAGGAAGCCUAGAAAUAAUCAAAAGCAGAGUAGUCGGAAUUAUUGGUUAAAUUAGAUGCAAUAUUCUUGAACACAGAUUUUGAUAAUAAAACUAAGGUGGAAGAGUUAAAUAAAUUCUACUUAGAAGUAGUGCAUGAAUAACUUAAGAAUGAACACAAAAAGAACAUUUAGCUUAAGUUAGAGGAGGAGGUCAAUGAUUUAAAGAUAUCUGUAUACGAACAACAAAAGUAGAAAGCAACCCUCAUUCUUAACAAGCAAUAGGUACUGACUACUGAAUACCAAAACCAGUUUAAGCAAUUCUAAGAGAGGCAUGCUCUUAUUAUUCAGGCUGAGACUUAAAAAAGAAUGGAGAUCAUUACUAAUUUUGAUAAUCAUCUCAAAUAAAUCAAGCAGUAGAUGGUUGAAGAUCAAGAGAGGAUGAAAACUGAGAAUGAGAUCUAAAAGGAAAAUGACCAAUUAAAGAAGCAGUACGAGGAAUUGAUGAAGGAAAUCGAAGAGAAGACUGAAUUAAUGAGAAAGCAGAUUGAGGAAAAGGAUUCAUAAGCUGGAACUAUUGAGGUUGAAAUGAAUAAAAAGAUAUCAUCUCAAGAGGAGGAGAUUAAGAAGUAGGUAGAGAUCUACAGGGAGCAGACCAAGAUUAAGAUUGAGGAGGAGAAAGAGUUAAUCAAGGUGUUUAAUGACUAUAAAAAGAAGCAUGACGAGUUCAGCAAGGCCAUGAAGAAGAGCAAGGAGACCUUCAAGGUUUAUGAAAAUGAAAUUAAAAACAUGAAUGUUAAGAUAUAAGAGCUUCUUAAGUAGAGAAAGGAACUAGAUAAAUCAAGGAAAGGAGCGAAGAGUGGUAAACAUGAUUAUGAUAAGUUGGUCUCUGACUGGACUGUCGAGAGAGAGGCACUUAAUAAAGAAAGAGAUAAUCUCAAGCAAAUGUGCAGUGAAAUCCAAGAAAGUAUUAAAGCUAGGACUCAAGGUAAAUCAGCAAAGUGA